AUGAUGCUGGCGCGCCUUACUGCGCUAACGUGCUUUUGCAAAGUACAGGCCAUACUCUUCGACGAGCCACUAACGAAACCCUUGGACGACAUCACCGAGGCUCGGCAGCCUCUUGCAGUCAAGCUGCGACAGCAGCACGACUAUCAGUUCGAGCAGUGCGUCGAUCCACACCGGGGCUCGCUGGACGAUGUUUACACGGAGGAGCAGUUCCGCAUUCUCAUUUCAGACAUCCUGCCGUCCUGGGCCAUAGAGUACUUUCGGGAGUCGAUGGGUUUCCCCAGCCAGUGGCUGUGGAGGGCCUUGGCCGUGAGGGUGACGAUCCUGAUGGCGCAUCACAUGCUGGGCAGGGGGAUAAGCAUCCGCGAGAUCCGCUACUGCAAUAUGUUCACUCACGUCCUUCCGCCCAUCACGAACAGCAAGGGGGAAUCGUCGAUCCACGUCCUCGUGGUCGCCUAUCGCAACUCGAAGACCAUCAAAGACAACAAGCUCGGCCACGUGUACCUGACUCGACACAUGAACUUCCGGCAGUGCGGCUUCGGAGCAGUGUUCAUGUGGAUACAUUUCCUUUUCGACCUUGUGCCGCUCCAAUACGGGAACGAUAAGAUCGUGCCCCCCUUGGAUUUCAGCAACCCGGAAAACUGGUCGAAGAAGCACCUGUUCCUCGCCCUCUUCGACAAGGACAAGACCGAGUUGCUGUACGCAACUCAUGCGAAAUGGGUGCUCUGGGCGAUGAAUAGCGCGGAGUGGAUCCUGUCGAAAGUCACUCACAUCUUUCGACGGUCUGCGGCACAGAUCCUCGCCGACAAAAACUGUGAACUCGACAACAUCGCGCAGCUGGGUCAAUGGGACAUGAACGAGAUGCGCAGGUCAUACGUCACAGGCAUCCCGCGCGGGGCCAUCCAGCUGCAAGCGGGGUUCAUGACGGAACCGGGUGACUAA